AUGCACCGCCCGGGGCCGACGAGAGACUUCCCGGCCGAGCAACUCUGCUCACGACGCCAGGGCAGGAUGGACUAUCUCACCAUCUGGGUGCGCACUCCCGCUGAACCGAGAGCAACGGUGUACCUCCACUCUGCGAAGCAAGAGAAGGAUAUUCACAUGUUCUCUCGACCGCCACUAGAAGGUCUACUACGAGUACUGGCAGACCCAUACCUUGUAUCAGCGCAGUUGUGGGUAGACGCGCGGCAUUCAAAGACGUGGUGUCGGUUCCACGCCGGAGGUUGCGGAGCGGAAAGUGGAGAUCCGGGUCCGGGAAGGAAACGAGAACGGCAUGUCGAGAUUGAGUGGCGAGAAAUAAUCCGGCUGGUGGAUCCGGAGAGGAAGGAGAUUACUGUCAUUGGAACAGAGAAGAAGUGGUGA